UCCCCGCUCCUCAGGGCCGCCGAGUAACCUGGUUUUAACGUGGGCCCUCCUCCUUUUUUUUUUUUCCCCCCCCCCUUUUCUUUUCCUCCUCCCUUUCCCCCCACCCUCUCCUCCAGCGUUAACCGCGGCUCGGGCUGCUCCCUCCCUCCCUUUCCCUCCCCUCGGAGCCGCCGAUCCGCCUCGCACGGAGACAUGUACCCGGGAGCCACCUCCGCCGGACCCGUGCUCGCACCUCCUCCACCAAUGCCACCACCAAUACAGGGAUAUGCCUUCAAACCUCCUCCUCGCCCAGAUUUCGGUACUUCUGGGAGAACAAUCAAACUGCAGGCCAACUUCUUUGAAAUGGACAUUCCUAAAAUAGAUAUCUACCAUUAUGAGUUGGACAUAAAGCCAGAAAAAUGCCCUAGAAGAGUUAACAGGGAAAUAGUGGAGCAUAUGGUUCAGCACUUUAAAACACAGAUCUUCGGGGAUCGCAAGCCAGUGUUUGAUGGAAGAAAAAACCUUUACACAGCCAUGCCGCUUCCCAUUGGAAGAGAUAAAGUGGAGCUGGAGGUCACGCUGCCAGGAGAAGGCAAGGACAGGAUAUUUAAGGUGGCAAUCAAGUGGAUGUCCUGUGUGAGUUUGCAGGCUUUACACGAUGCUCUUUCUGGCCGGCUUCCGAGCGUCCCGUUUGAAACCAUCCAGGCUCUGGACGUGGUGAUGAGGCACUUACCUUCCAUGAGAUAUACUCCUGUGGGGCGAUCUUUUUUUACAGCAUCAGAAGGGUGCUCAAAUCCAUUAGGCGGUGGCAGAGAGGUUUGGUUUGGGUUCCAUCAAUCAGUCAGACCUUCCUUAUGGAAAAUGAUGUUAAAUAUUGAUGUAUCUGCAACUGCAUUUUACAAAGCACAGCCAGUUAUUGAGUUUGUAUGUGAAGUUUUGGACUUCAAAAGUAUUGAAGAACAACAAAAACCUCUGACAGAUUCCCAAAGGGUAAAGUUUACCAAAGAAAUAAAAGGUCUGAAGGUGGAGAUAACACACUGUGGACAAAUGAAAAGAAAAUACAGAGUGUGCAACGUCACCAGACGACCAGCAAGUCACCAAACAUUCCCACUUCAGCAGGAGAAUGGACAAACAGUUGAAUGCACUGUAGCUCAGUAUUUUAAGGAUAGGCACAAAUUAGUUUUACGCUAUCCUCACCUCCCAUGUUUACAAGUUGGACAGGAGCAGAAGCACACGUACCUUCCUCUGGAGGUGUGCAACAUAGUGGCAGGACAAAGAUGCAUAAAAAAACUCACUGACAAUCAAACUUCCACUAUGAUUCGAGCAACUGCCAGAUCAGCACCUGACCGUCAGGAAGAGAUUAGCAAAUUGAUGCGGAGUGCAAGUUUCAAUACUGACCCUUAUGUUCGUGAGUUUGGGAUAAUGGUCAAGGAUGAAAUGACAGAUGUGACUGGUAGAGUCCUACAGCCUCCCUCAAUCCUCUAUGGAGGCAGGAACAAAGCAAUUGCUACCCCAGUUCAAGGAGUUUGGGACAUGAGGAAUAAACAGUUCCACACUGGAAUUGAAAUAAAGGUUUGGGCAAUUGCUUGCUUUGCUCCCCAGCGCCAAUGCACUGAAGUUCAUCUUAAGUCCUUUACGGAACAACUGAGGAAGAUUUCCAGAGAUGCAGGAAUGCCAAUCCAAGGGCAGCCGUGCUUCUGUAAAUAUGCCCAGGGAGCCGACAGCGUGGAGCCCAUGUUCAGACAUCUCAAGAACACUUACACCGGCCUGCAGCUUGUUGUAGUGAUUUUGCCAGGAAAAACGCCCGUCUAUGCGGAGGUGAAGCGUGUUGGUGACACCGUGCUGGGAAUGGCAACGCAGUGUGUUCAGAUGAAAAACGUGCAGAGAACAACACCGCAAACUCUGUCGAACCUUUGCUUAAAAAUAAACGUCAAAUUAGGAGGUGUAAAUAAUAUUUUACUGCCACAGGGAAGACCGCCAGUAUUUCAACAGCCUGUCAUAUUCCUUGGUGCAGAUGUAACUCAUCCUCCAGCUGGAGAUGGGAAAAAGCCUUCCAUUGCUGCAGUUGUAGGAAGCAUGGAUGCUCAUCCUAAUCGAUACUGUGCCACUGUUCGGGUCCAGCAGCACCGCCAAGAAAUCAUCCAAGAUUUGGCUGCCAUGGUCAGGGAGUUGCUUAUCCAGUUCUACAAAUCAACCAGAUUUAAACCAACUCGUAUAAUUUUCUACAGAGAUGGCGUUUCCGAGGGACAGUUUCAACAGGUUCUCCAUCAUGAAUUGCUGGCUAUCAGAGAAGCAUGCAUUAAACUAGAAAAGGAUUACCAGCCUGGAAUUACAUUCAUAGUUGUGCAGAAAAGGCAUCACACCAGACUCUUCUGUACGGAUAAAAACGAACGGGUUGGAAAAAGUGGAAACAUUCCAGCUGGCACCACAGUGGACACAAAAAUCACGCAUCCAUCAGAGUUUGACUUUUACCUGUGUAGUCAUGCUGGUAUUCAGGGAACGAGCAGACCUUCGCAUUACCACGUCCUCUGGGAUGACAAUCGCUUCUCUUCGGACGAACUGCAGAUUCUCACCUACCAGUUGUGUCAUACGUACGUACGCUGUACUCGUUCGGUUUCCAUCCCUGCGCCUGCGUAUUACGCGCACCUGGUUGCCUUCCGAGCCAGGUACCAUCUGGUGGAUAAAGAACACGAUAGUGCUGAAGGCAGCCACACUUCGGGUCAGAGUAAUGGCAGAGAUCAUCAAGCACUUGCUAAAGCAGUUCAAGUUCAUCAGGACACGUUGCGCACUAUGUACUUUGCUUGACAUGUUUUAAUGUUUAGCGACUCAGUACAAUAGAGAGUUGGAUUCACAUGAGACCAGCUGCACUUAGACCAACAGUUGCCCAAGCUACAGUGACAGCCAGCAAUGAGGGACGCAUCUUAAUUUCUUUCCCAUUUGCAAGAAAGCCUUCCGUCCAGAAUUUCAGACUUGAUUGUGAACUGCAUUCUUGUACAAAACCCCACGAUUGUUGGAAAUGUGGUUUGCCAAAAUCUCUAAGCUGUCUGUUAUAAAACAGACCCAUAUUUUAUAAUUGAAUCAAGAGCUGUGAUCUCAGGGCUUAGGGAAAAACAAAACAAAAAACAAAAACACAAACCUCUUCAUUCAGUUUGCUAUUCAUUUAACUGCUUUUAAUAAUUUGGAGAGAUCUAAUUCAUACUAAAGUUGGUGGGCAAAAAUGCUGUGAAUUAGCUUUUAAUACAAAGGAAAAGCAAAGCGUUUUUUUGGCUCUUUAUGAAGCCUUGAUUAUUCUAGAUGCAUUUACAAAUUUUUUAUUUUCAAAAGAGUGACAAAAUUCUGGUUUUCAACUGUCUUACAAAGAUUGUUCUCUCUGUGUCUAAGGGCAAAUGUAUUUUCUGAAGCUUGUUCUUGAAUGUUUUUUAUUGUGCUGCAUUUAAAAAUGUUUUUCAUAGACUAAAGAAGAAUUUAAAAAAAAAAAAAAAAAAAGGAACGAACUUGUACCUAAACUUUUAAUAGGUCCAUUUAGAUUGGCAAAAGAAGAUGUGCCAUUUUUAAGAAACAAAUUGUAAAGGAUUUUUUUAAUCACACUGACAGCUAACUUUAGAAUUUGUCAUACAGGACUGUGACACUUACUUUCCAAAGUCUCUAAGGAAUACGGGUCUGUGGUGAUAAAAUACAGUACAAUCCUCUUUCACUGUUAUGUUUGAAUUUAAUGUAAAUUUUAUAUAUGUUUCACAGUAUUAAUGUGAUAGACUAGAUGCUAUUAUUUAUUUUUAUUUACUAAGGAGUGCUCAUUAUGCUUCUGUUAACAUAUCAAGACUGCUUUGGAUUUAGAAAUUAAAACCUUAUCGUGAGGAUAUUACUCUUCAAAUGCAAAAAAUAUGCAACUGACUUUGUGAGAGCUCAGAGAUACGUACAGGGUGUAUUGUGGAGCUUGUAAUUUGUAGAAAGGCUUUUCAAGCGUGCACGCAGCAGAGCAGGUUUUACCUGUGCCGUUCAGAGACGCACACGAGACCAACAUUCUACAUUUGCUCAAGCACAAAACACUUGUAUUUUAUUUAUGUGUUGAUUAUUGGCGAAGCGGGCGCUCUGGUAGAGGAGAGUGGUUCACUGUUUGUAAUUUAGACAGAAGUCAGAGAAUCUAUGCAGUAAAGAUAAAUCUUAGGAAACUGAAGUUUACUUUUGAAGGGAGGUGAAACUCUCUUCAUUAUGCAUAAGGUCAAUGGUAAAUGUGAGAGUUUUGCCAUUCUCUUAGGAGAAGCAUUAAUUAAAACUGAUAAUUGUUAGACAAACGCUUCUGUUAGUUUGCACACUGGGUUCAUAAGAAAACCAUAAUACAUAUGUAAACCAUUGCACUAAUUACGAUGCCACAAGCAGGUUUAGGAGAAAAUGGUAAAAGCCCAGGAAAUGUUUAUGUUGACUUGAUUUUGUUCGUUUUCAUAGGAUAACUUAAAUACAUGUUAAGAGGCAGGUUUUGAAAAUGUCAUUCUCUUCCAUUUUGCGUUGUCUUUUUCCCUUUUCUCUUAGCAGAAGCUCAGUCACUGUUCUGAGUCCGUUUACCUCUAGCCACUGAGGCGGGCGCGUAGCUUUAACCCACGCGGAGGUCUGUGCCAUAUAGCAGGGGGACUAUACCUGGUUGCUGUCGAAUAAGCUAGAAAAUGCCCAAGCUGUGCUGCAAAAAGAGCUGUAGGUACAUAACUUUGUACACCUCGUAGCAGUGUGUUGAUUGUCGGUGUUGUUUAGGUGAAAUAAUGGAAAUCCUAGUAACAGAUGAAUGGUGUUUGUGUUGUUCUGAUUCGCUGAUUAGGCUGCUGGGUCAGAUUUUCUUCUUGGUCAGUUUUGUAAAUCUAGAUUUUUUUAAAUGACGCUGGUGUAACAGAAAGCAAGUUCCAGGUCGCAUCAUCUGUCUUCCUGUUUCCCAGCCAGGUUGCACAUACCUCCCUCGCAAGCACUGCUGAGCUGCAGGAGCUUUUCCGUAACGGACACGUUGCACUUCUCCGUGUGCUUGCUCGAGAAGUUUCAGAUUUCAGCGAAGAUUUUAAUUCGGCAGAGUUUUAUAUAAGAAUUAUUUUUGUACGGAUUAUUCUUAACGAAUAGGAGAGAUCGAACAUUUUAAAUAAAACGCCAGUUAUUUUGUUUGCUGUUCUUUAUGCAGAGACCUCUUGGAUGUGAAUUUCAUCCUCCUCUUCCCUAUCUGUGCAGAUCUGGAAUAAAGGACUUUAUACAAGGACUUUAUGGUGGUCAGGUCAGGCUAAGAGGGCAGAAUCUGUCUUGACCCUCCAAAUCUCAUUUCUGAAGCAGACUGUGCGACUUCCCUGCACCCUAUUUAGGAUGCAUUCUUUGGGCUGACAUAGCAGUUGCAGAAGGGAUAUUAGGCAGACCCUUAAUCUCAGCGUAGCUGUCAUCUCUGUAUCCUCUUGGAAUGAACAGGAAUUUUGUGUAGCUUUCCUUCCUUGAGUAUGAAGAACUUGGGAUGGUUGCAUGCGUUUCAGGCCAGGCACAUUUCUACCUUCCACAGAUUUUUAGGCCUCCAGUGCCACUAAGUCGACAGCUUGAUUUCUCCCUCCUUUCCCCUGCUGCCCCUGCCCCAGUGGUGAAUUAAUGAAUAAUUUAAAGCAUUUUUCUAAAAACUUUUGAUGAAGUAUUGUACUUUGAAAAGCAGCGUGCUAUAUAAGGCCAGAAGCUAUCCUUCUGGCAAUAUUUUUAAUACUCAAAACGUCUCCUGCCCCCCACAAAAAAGGGAGGGGGCGGACAGACACCUAAACCCCUACUCUUAUUCUACCCUCCCACCUGUUUUGUGUUUUGUAAGAGCAGCAAUAUCUCAGGUAAACGCAACGCUCAAGACGUCUCCAUCUCUCACGUACUCCUGCUGUCGAAGUCGUGGCUGAGGUAGGCAGUUAUAACCACUAAGUCACUGUGCAGCUCAGGCCAGCAGUAACCAAAGGUGUUUUACCCUCUGGCAGUUGUUCCCUGAGGCCGUGCAGAGGAGUUGCGUGACUGCAGUUGCAAAAGGGCACUGGGCAGGACCUCUUCCGUUGCAUUCCUCUCGCUCUCCCUUAUGUCCCUGGCAAUGACCUUUCGCUUGAAUUCAGCCGUUGGCGCAGGCUGUCCUGGCGCUCAGCGGGCUGAAAGCCGAUCCCGAUUGCACCCUGGUGACAAAAAUAUCUCCUUCCCCUUCCAGGCGUCGGCGCCGUUAGGGACAAACUGACCGGUGUCAGUACUGCAGUAUUUCUUUUGUUUCGGUGCAGCUCAUCUUUAAAAGAGCGUGCUCAAGAGGUGAACAGGUAUUAUUGAGUUGCCUGCAAUGGAUUGCUUUUCUGGCUUUGUACUGAAAUGGUAACACUAUAGAAACAGAAAUAUCCAAAUACCGAAGCGGGUUGUGAAUCUCUGUCCUUGGAAAGGCUCCGAUCUGCUGGACCUGCUUUGGGCAGGGAACUGGGCGUUCCCAGAGAGCCCUUGCAAAGCGUGUGGUUCUGUGACAAUCACAACAUAGUAACAAAGAUUAAAAUACUUAAAAGUUGUCUUUUUUAAUGUACUAGCUAUAACACAGUAUUGCCUGGUUUUAGAAAUUUCUGCUCCGUUGGCUCAGUCAGAUAACGCCCGCUCUGCCUCUCCUUCAGUCAGUCCUUAGGAGGAGAUGCCCCCCUGUGAAACGUUGGAAGUAGGGGGAUUUGUCCCAGCCUUACGUGAGUUUGGCCUUCCAGAUAGCCCUAUGCAACCGUAACUCUGCAGGUUUGACUGCGUGCACUGAUCGCUUGUUUUUAUUAGGACUCCUCCUGGCUUGGUUCAAGUUAGGCUGCUUCGGUGUUUGGGUUGCUGACUUAAAAUCAAUGAUCUUCCACGUUACAGCAGCUCUGGCAUAUUAAUUUCCUUGGGUUUCGAUCUGUCAGGUGGAAAGGUUUGGGAUUAGUCGCUGACCUAAGCUGUUGGGGAAGGUCUUGUGUGUUAAUCUGCCGCAGCCAGCACGGAAAAUCUACAAGUACCUAAGUUUAAAGCAAGAAAUCCAUACUACACGUUUCUGAUCUUCAUCCAGGCAUUACGUUCCCUGAUUGUUAAAGCCAAAAUGUUGCUAAGGUUUAGCUUGAAUGCUGACUAUCAAUAACUCCUGCGGCCCCUGUCCAUUUUUAUCAUCUCCUGUUCAGACAUGAAUAGACCGCUUGUAUAACUAAGGCAAGAGGUAACACCUCUGCAAGGAUUUUGAGUAACUUUUGAAGGUCAGGUGUGGGCUCCUAGGUUCUUGCGUGCUCAGGUCACUUUAUAAAAGAUUGAGGUUUCUAAUGGAGUUCAGAUGCUUUUGAAGCUUUUAUCAGCAGCCUGAUGUGUACCUGCACAAAGAGGCUUUGUGCUGAGCAGCAGAUCGUGCUGCCGAGUGCUGCCAACACUAGUCACUGCAGCGGCAGCCUCCUCAAACCCCAAUCUUUCUCGUGCCGGUGAGCCUCUGAGAUUUAACUGAGAGCAAGGGCAGAAGGAAGGCCUGCAUUAGCACCCCCGUGCGUGUUUAGUGGGCUGCUGUAGGUUUCCCUGUAUGUGCAGACUUUCUUUUUGAGGAAGAAUGUUGUCGUUUUGAAGUGAGAACAGGUUGGCUCUGCAGCUCGGUCCAACACAAAAGGACACCUACUACAGGAACAGGACUGGGACUUGUGGAGACGCAGACGGAGACGUACUUGCCUCUAGAUGUCAUCCAGUAAGCAUUUCUGGUGGCAUAGGUAGCCCCUAAGGGAUUGUUUUUUCUUUUAAAUACCUUUUACCCCCCAAAAAAAAAACGUAAAAAAAUUCUUGUUCUGUUUUUUACACUCAAUACCAAUGUAAGAAAAUUACUUUUUUUCCUGUUUUUUUAAUACUCUUUUACAGUAGCAUCUGUUUUUGUUUUGUGUUGUUUUUCCUGACAGUGUGGCUUUCUGUAUUUCUAAUACAGGACAGUACUUUUUUUUUUUUUAACUUUUAUAUACAUUUGGCAACAUGCUUCUUGUUGCAUACAUGCAGUCUUAAGGAAAACUUCAAGUAGAAGGUAAUUGCACUGAUUGUUUUUAAACUCCCUUUUUACUGUAAGACUUUUUUUUCUUCCCUUCUGCCGUAGCUCUUUAAAAAUACUGUAAAUAGUGCUACGGAUAGCAAAUACUGAAAUGCUGUGGAUGCCAUUCCUUGCUCUUACGUUGUAGGAAUGCUGCCAUAUUUUGCAGUGUUGAGACACGGGCUUUGGUUCUAAAUGUUGUUGUGCUUCGUUUGCGUUAGGGCGUGAAUCCGAGGGCACAGUUGCUUUGUUAAGGUGCGUUUGUGUUUAUAAAAUAUUUCCUCCCUCUCUCCUCUAUGCACGUUUCUCCCACACCAUAAAGAUGCUAAGUCAGGUUUUUAAGCCACCACCGUGCUUGUUGUCCGUGCAACAUUUAAAUGCCGAUCUUGGAUUGAAGUUAGCUGAUUGAUUGAUGCAGUAUCUGUACUCUCAGCUCCAGUCGUCCCGCGUCUUCCUGGCUUCCUUCAGCAUUUGAUUCCCAUGUGGUAUUGAGAAGAACCGGUCUGCGGGGCAGAAUUAGUAGGGUAACAGGGAUAUGGGAUGGAGUUUAUGAUGUCCUGUUCUCUGUCCCUCCGUGGCUGUGGGACUGUUGGGUGCAGUCGACGUUUUAGUGCUCUGAACUAAGAAGUGGUGUGUGAUGCUCUGCGAAGCCGUCAGCAACGGCCUUCUGUAACCAUCGGGACAGGAGAGACCCAAACUCCAGCCCGUCGUGUAUCAUUAAGGUGCAAAACCCAAGUUUUGCCUCCGGCGGGUCAGUGACUGGAAAGGUGCAUCCCUCCGAGAUGUUGUGAAUCCCAAGGAGCAGGGGCUUAUUUUGUGUGUGCGUGGCACAUAACCAGCUUUAUCUCGUUUUGUGUGUUUCAGUUGCUCGUUCCGUGUUGUUUCUUUGCCUGCAGUGUUAAGAUGAAUGUAAUGGCUUGGCCAAAUCACUAUGGAAGGUGGUUGUGUAGUACCCGUUAGUUAGCAAGCAGAUGCAGUUCAAGGCUACCUCCUCUGUUCCUCCACAGAUAAAUUAAUUUGUAAAGUGAGCCUACUACCUAAGCAGCCAAAACGCUCCCCGGUGAACUGUAUUUUUGCUCUUUUGUUCCGUGCUGGAGAACCAGCGGUGCCAUACUGUGAUCCCGGACAUCUCCUUUUCGCUCCUUGUGUCUUCCAAAGGUGUCGGCGUGGCUCGUGCUCGUGCAAAGGUGGCUGUUGAGAUUUCAGAAAGAGUUUGGCACAUCACGCCUGGCACGUUUGUUGUUGUGCAGGGUCACCUGGUAGCAGCAACUCCCAUGUCACCUCUCCGUUCACUUGCUGGGUUUGUAUACCGUUGUUUCCAAAUGAAACAUCUCUUCAUAUUUCAGCUGUUGGCCGACAAAUGUCGUGCUUUCAUUGCAAGUGACAUCAAGGUGCUUGGAAUAUAUUUUGAAUCUGAGGCAAAAAAAAAAAAAAAACGUAUUGGAAUAUUUUUAAACCUAUUUUUUCGAUAAGUUGAUAUGAGACUGUAAUGUUGAGUAUAUUAACUAUCUUCCCUGCUCAGCCCAUGACUGAUAAACUUUAAAAUGGAUAAAAAAAAAAAAAAUCUGGAGUAUUUUUGUUGUGAAUAUUUCACGUGUCAGUUUUGUGUGAAGCCUUGGCCAUAACUCAGUCUUGAACUAAGCACACGCCGACUAAAGGUGCUUUAAGUGGCCUGAAGUGAAACUGUAGAAAACCACGUUAAUUCCUUGUUUUGUUUACAGUGAAUCCAAGCGAGCUUCCCUGUUUUAUGCUUAGCCACUCUGCUGACAGAAAUACUACCUGUCUAACCACGACGCGCUGGGGUGGCUUCAUGGCACUGCUGUAGCUUUUGGUUUGGAAGUGACCGGGCUUUAUGCUAGGAGCUGGCACCUCAGAGGCAAAUCAGCCAGGAUUAUGUUAUCUGCAAUUUCAUCACCUUACUCUUUGGCCGUAGACACUAAAGAAGCCUAUCGAUGGCAGGGAUGAAGUUCUGGCUUUUUGGAAGAAUUCUUGCUGAGCGAUGGUGAGUGACUGAAUAAAUGAGCUCAGCAAUGAUUGGUCAGGGUAAAAUCCUGAACAUUUCGUUCAGUUCUUCAUUCUAACUUCACAACCCCCCCCCCCCCCCCAAAAAAAAAAGCAUGAAGAAUAGGAUUUUGCUCUAGGGCAAAUAGCUGCUUUUAGAAAAUAUUUCACUACAUCCUGGUUUUAUGGAUCCAUAGACACUAUUGAUGUUGCUGUGGCCUGGAAGAGGUUUCCCUGUGCAGGCAGGGGAUUGUGAGCACAUCCCCUUAAAAUGACGAGAGUAACUAGGGAGGCAAGGUGAACCGUUUUUAUCAGAAAACUGCCAAAUAAGCACUUGUUGAGGCGACAGUAAGCAACAUGUAGUUUUCCUUCUGGCUUCCUGCACAGCCCCACAGCCCCUGGCAGAUCCUGCUGGCAACUUCCAGCCCCUGCCCCAAAAGGGAAGGCUGUUGGGCAGCUCCCCAAAGCUGCCUUCUGCUCUCGGCAUCGCAGAGCACCUCGGAUUUGGUCGGAGCGAGAACAGGGACGUUCGUUUGCAGGUGCGAGAGGCUGGUGGGAGCUGGUCCGGGGGUUUUGCACGUGGCAGCGCCAGAAAUGUAAAAGAUCCGCAGCAUCUGGAUGUGAUGUGUUGCUGUACCAGGUUGCUUUAGUUUUGCUCUAUUUUUUUCCCCUUUAAGAACUGAAAUACCUGCUGGAAUAGCUGCUCUACCCAGCAGCAGCAGUUACAGAUUCGGCUAACCUAGGACCGAGCCUAUUAAUAGUCCCUGAAGCAUUAAUUUAAACAUUUCCGACCAUUUUAUGUCUGCAUGUGCUUGGCAAGCAUGAAUUGUGAAAAGGUCAGCAAGCAACCUUGGGAGUUCCUACUCCCCUGGCUGGUCCUCUUUGCAUUUACUUUGUUAGCUUACAUUUCCCAGCAGGAAAAUAAAAAACCCCACACCGUAUAAUGGGGACUCUAUUCUUUGCCUAUCAGCUUUUCCUGUUUCUGCACCAACAGAGGAAGCUCCCCUCUUAGCAGCCCACGUAAAACUGCCUGGGUUUGCUUGGCUCCGAGCAGAUCUGGUCAUGCUGAGUGGGCACCCCAAAAUCUCGGCUCUGCGGCAGACACUUGAUCGUGUGCUGCGGGUAGGGUUGGGCCCGUCGUGUAUCAGCAGAACGUGCAGAGAAGUUUGUUUCCAGAUUUCAUUAACAUUAAUCCUGCAUCAGCUGGGAGAUGCUCAGAACCCCACUGUUCGUGCUAUAAAAAGGUGGGAUUGACCCUAAUUUUUUUUGUUCCUUGCUUUCUCCUGAGAGUGACCCCUUAAACUCCUCAUCUCAUCUGCAAGUGACAAUUGUGUCAUCUUGUUUUGAAGUAAAUACCGUGUUUCUAAUUGCCUGGCCGACUUGAAUCUUGAACUGACCUGAAAUUGCCUCUCAGUGUUUAAUCCCCAGAAUGUCUCCAGCUUAAAUGAAGAUUGUUGCGUUUUCCCCAUCCUUUAUUACCGAGUUUGGGGCAGCAAAAAUAGCGUUUGUUUUUUUGAUUAUAUGGGGCUGAAGGGUAGGAUAAUAUAUGGAUUUGCAGAAGGAAGAUAUACUUAAGGGGUGAUUACUAGUGAGCAUCUGGGAAAGCUGUGCAUUUUUUUUAUAGGGAGAUGCAAAAAAAAAAAAAAAAAAGAGUAAGGCUUGAAAUUAUCUGUGAAAAAUCAUCAAUUAGAUGCAAUGGCAAAGUAUAUCUGGCGAAGCUGUGGGUUAUCCUGAAGUGCUGCCAUUCAGUUUGUCAUUUGUUGGCAAUGGUGUGCGUGUGGACGUACACGUGCGUGCGUGCACGCGUUGGUGAAAGCGGAGUGCGACUGCUCAGACAUGAAGGUGCGAAGGCAGAGCUUGGCUGGGAACAAUAAGCACAAUAUGACUGGCUUCCGUAGUCCUUUGUUAGUUUGUACAAUCACAAAACCUCAAGCUUUUGGGGCAGUUUGUAAAUAGAGAUCUCACCCCAGGUUUCUGUGUGGCAAAGUGGUUAACUUGGUCACGGAAGGGUGACGUGGAAAAGAGAAUGUAUUGAUUAAAUCCCCCCCCUCCCCCCUAUUUUUUUCCUUAAGUUUGGUAUAUUGCAGAUUUAACUGACAUCUAUUAAAAUCCUUUCUUUGAAUAUUUUUGUUUCUUUAUUUUUAUAAAAUAACUAAAAACCAACCAAAAAGGAACUCAGAAGUUUCCCGUUGUACAUGCUCCCUCGAAUCAAAAUGUUUUUAUGACCACGUAGAGUUUACUAUUUUUGGAAGAAGAAGGAAAAAAAAAAAAAAAGAAAAAGCUAAGAUGUUAAGGGCCUCAUUUCAAGUGGUACUAAGCGUGUGUUGGCGAGUUUGUGUCUUGCAUCCGUAUUAAAACGUCUCGUGCUUGCGAUGUAUAAACGAUGUAGUGCUGUUUGGGUAAGACUAGCACGUGUAACACAAAGCCCCCUUGACUGACUUUUAAACGCAUCAGUGGCAUCGUAGAGUUGGUGGCGUAGAUGAAGUGUUGCUUUAUGUUCCCCAGAGCCGGCGGGGCUCCGUGUAGAUGUGUGUAGGGUAAAUGCUGUACCUUGCUUACGUAGCUUGAUGUUUGCAUGACGCUGUGUGGCAACGCCACUUUAAAUUAAGCCUUAACAAAAGAGAUAAAUUCGUCAGAUUUUCUCAGAGUAUGCAAAAAUACUGUUUAACGAGAGUAGGAUCUUCCUAUAAAGCUAAACUCGUAAAAAGGAAGGCUCACCUGAGAACGAAAGGGAAAAACCUGUAGAUCUCUAUACUGUGACCGACCUCCUCGGGUGCUGGCGUCACCGCUGCUCUACAGAAGCCGGGCUCUCUUGUGUUUCUCAGGCAGUCUGCCCCAAAAUGGGCUUUCUCAAAUCUCAGCUCCUUGCGUUGGACGUGUUCUCCUCCCUCCCCCUGCUAGGAAAUCUCUGCCUGAAGGAGGAUCGCGACUUAGCGCUGAAAUUUUACAUUGAAAAAUGAAAAAAAAAAAAAACCAAACAAACCAAAACAACAACAAAAAAACACAACUGUUCUCGAGUUCUGUGCUUACUUCAGAUAGUGCCAUCAUUUUCGCUUCUCCGACUGACAUCUGAUCCUUAAAACAUUAGGAAUAGGGGCAAAUCACGUGGCGGGGACCCAGCUUUCUUUUUGGAUUUGGAUCUACCUCAUUUCAACAGUUGGGUGCUAUGAACGCAAAUUGUCGACGAGAUGGGCAAAAAGCGACCAAACUGCAUGUGACGACUGACCUCGGCGGAGGCGGUCCUCUGCAAACCAAAACCUUUGGGUUUCUUGUUCGGAAACAACAAUAUUGUAGUUCAGUUUUAUUCUUUGUGCCUUUGUGUUUUUUCCCAGUGCGUAACAAUCAAAAGUCAUGUUCUUGAUUAAAAACAGCAAACGAAUUUUAACCGCAGAGUUUAAAAAAGAAGAGAAAAGCAGCAUAUUUUUAGCAAAUUUUAAAAUAUUUUUCGGUGUAUCAAAUCGUAAAGUGUACAGUAUCAGAGCAGAACUAGGCAAAGAGAAAUACCCAAUAAAGAACUUUUUGAAAUACGUAAUCCCAACCCUAGAUUUAUACAUCUCUGUGUAUCUAUAUAUAUGCAUAUAUAACAUACAUACACAUACAGAAUACAGCUGUGUGUGUAUAUAUAUGUGUGCAUAUAUAUAUAUAUAUAUAAAACAAAGGGAUACAUGGGUAAGGGAAUAAAAUGUAAUUGACUUUUCCACACAGUUUUGUAUUUAACAGUUUACAACUAUGUAUAAGUUUUUCUACUACGCAAGCCUUUUUUACUUAAGAAGAAAAAAAUCCUUUUUGGAAAAUUUAAGUUGUGAUAUACUAUCAUUUUUUGAAGUUAAAAAAAAAAAAAAAUAAAUCGACUUUCUACCAAUACUUAAUACAGAGGGGGAAAUCUUUUCUGUAGACUUGUAUUUAGUUUAAAUAUUAGAAAAAAUAUAUAUGUAUGUAUGGAACUGUAAAAGUGCUGACAGUCCGGGGUGGCAGGACUUCAAAGCUGUUUCCUAAGGCUUUCAGCUGCAGAGAGACUCGAACAAAAGGAAGAUGCCUCUGUUAGAUGUUUUUAUAAAACUGCUCCAUCAGGUCUAUACUUAAGCUAUAUUUUCUAAAGCCUCUACUCAUCCUUUAAUAUGCUGCAUAUAAAUUAUCAGCAUGGUUGCACUUUCUCAAUAAUAAUGUAUGCCCUGCAAUUGGCUCGAGAUAAGGACUUUAGUUUUAUAACAAAACAGAUAGUACUUUGGGCAGAAGGUAAUAUUUAUAUAGGUACCUCAAGAAAAAAAAAAAAGAGCCUGAAUAUGCUGCAUUUUGUUCCUUUAACAUUUUUCAUGUAGCAUUUGUUUGCUUUUAUUUUUUUUUUUAGUAGAUUACUAGCUACCUGUUUUGCUUCGGGGGACCCCAGUAGCAUUUUAGACCGGUGUUUUCUGUUGAGCUCGUUAGGAUGUAGUAUCCGUCCUUGGUUUCAUGCAGGAGUUCGGGGUGGGGUUUGCCCUGCAUCGUGUACGCAACGGGGAGGGGGGACCACGAGGAAAUUCGCUUUACGUAGACUAUCAGGAAAAGGAUACUAUACUCCGAAAACAGACAAUACGUGUUCCUAACCGUUGGCGUGCUCGUACCGCUUUCUUGACUCUUUUCUCAGUACGGAUGGGGAGAGGGGCAGUGUGAUGAUAGAGGAAAACCAAAGGGACCAAACUUCCCCUGUUGGUCAAUGUUUUGGGGGUGGCUUGGCCGCGCUGUGUGCCGAGCUGCCCAAAUUAAGGCUUGGUGAGCAUCGGGCCCAGCACGGAGCAGGAUCUGACCUGUUCCCCCGGCUCAGCCUCUUGCUGGUGCGGGUGCGUCUUCCACUUCUGCCUUUCCGAGCCAGUGGAAACCGAAAAAUGUGCAAAGAUGGGGAAUUUCUGUUGAGAACCGUUGAAGGAAGCUUCAAAGGCUGUGAAGUCGAGCAUUUAUUGUCGUGUUUUUAAGCUUAGGUCGGUCCUUUUCCAAGUUUGUUUUACAGCUUGCAAGGUAAAAUAGUUUGCACUACUUUUGCAAUAAACUCAUGAAAAACCUAACAGUUUCUGUUUUGGUUUCUUACUGUAUAUAUACAACUAAUACUAAAGAUUUAGCGUAGUGUUUCUCACCUCAAAACAUAAGACUCGUAACAAGCUCAGAAUGCUGUAAUUCCUGACAAAAUAAUGAUGUGAAUGAUAUUUUAUAAAGUUAUUUUGUAUGGUGUCAAUUUUGUUUUGCCUCAUAGUAUG